AUGGUGUAUCUCGAUGAAUCAUACAUUGACAGGAACUACAACAGGAACAGAGACUCCCUGUAUGACCCCAACGACGGUCAAGACAUGCACAGUCAUCGCAAGAUCAAGCGGGGUCGGCGCUACUGCUUUGCCCUCGCAGUUCAGGGCCCGGAUCCGCGCGUGUGCACCACUGACGGUGCAGGCGAUGAGGAGCAGCCACAAGCAUCGCAGUCAUCAGCGCGCAAGUGCAGCCGGUGCAAGCAGCCAGGGCACACGCGGAAGAAGUGCCCCGUCGCUGAAGAAAACCUGCCUCAACAACCACAGAAGCAACCAUCCACACGCAAGUGUGGUCGAUGCAAGCAGCCAGGGCACACGCGGAAGAAGUGCCCCGUCGCUGACGAAGACCUCCCUGAGCAACCACAGCAACAGCAGGGCCGUCCCCGGAAGCCUUCUCGUGGGAGCUUCCAUACAGGGGACUAUCAUAAAGCCUUUAAUUCUGACAACUUCAUCAGCUGGUUCAAGGAUGCGUUGCUGCCGAACCUGCACCAGCCGUCGCUCAUCAUCAUGGACAACGCAGCGUACCACCGCACCCUCCCACCAGACACGCCAGUCCCGGGGAGAAUGAAGAAAGCGGACGUCAUUGCAGCUCUGCGAGCCAGGAACCUGACCGUGAGCGAGAUUGACUUCUCCUGCGAGCUGAAAGACCGCCUGAAGUUGUGGGUGAAGAACCACGUCCAACCCGAGGUGGUGCAGCUGGCCGAGGCGCAAGGCCACAAGGUGCUCUUCUCCCCUCCGUGCUACAGCGACCUCAACCCAAUCGAGCUCGUGUGGGCGCUGAUCAAGGGCAACGUCGGCCGCAGAUACAGCCUCGAUACAACCUUCGAGGAUGUUGAAAGGCGUCUGGAGGAAGAAAUCCAACGCCUGGCAGAGGAUCGCGGGCAGUACCGCAAAGAUGGCAAGACGCGCGUGCAAGCCAUCAUCGACUCGAUCGACAAGCAGCUGGAGCGGCAGCGGCGCAUCAUCGAUGGCAGGGGCGAAGAGGAGGCAGUAGAGCAAGCAGCACCAUGUACAACCACCCGAGCUGCGAGCGCUGAUAGCACUGAGGAGAUGGACGUUGAACAAGCAGCCGCAGUCGUGCUCGAUGAGGAGGUUGAUUGGGUUGACGAACGGAUGGAUGAGGGUGAAGAUGGAGAAGAGGGCGAAGAGUGUGAGGAGGGGGACGAUGACGGCGUGUCUGAAUCAGACUUAGAAGCAGGGGAACAGAGCGACGCCCUGUGA